UUUCACCAUUAUUAUCUUUAGUGUCCACCUUUGUUGUUCGUUCUUGACAGAAUCCAAGCACUGCGCACGAAAUGGCCACGGACCUCUUCACUCCAUGCAAGAUGGGCAAGUUCGAUCUCUCUCACAGGAUGGUAAUGGCGCCUUUGACGAGAUGUAGAGCGAUCGAUGAGAUUCCAUUGCCGGCUCAUGCGGAGUACUACGCGCAAAGAGCGACCAAGGGAGGUCUUCUCAUCACUGAAGGCACUGUCGUCUCGGACACGGCCACCGGGUUUCCAGGUAAUCCCGGGAUUUACACAGAAGAGCAAGUCGAAGCAUGGAAGAAGGUGGUGGAUGCUGUUCAUUCCAAAGGCGGCAUCAUUUUCUGUCAACUGGGUCACGCUGGUCGUGCCUCCAAUCAUGUUUAUCAACCUGGUGGAGCUGCGCCGGUUUCGUCGACAAAUCAAUCUAUCACCGAUAAAUGGAAAAGCAUAAUGCCUGACAGGACUCUCGAUGUUUAUCACAGACCGAGAGCCCUCCAAACACAUGAAGUAUGGCAGGUUAUCGAGCAACAUCGUCGAGCAGCUAAAAAUGCCAUUCGAGCAGGUUUCGAUGGUGUUGAGGUCCAUGGAGCACACGGCUUCCUCAUCGAUCAAUUCUUAAAGGAUUCGAUCAAUGAUAGAACGGACGAAUUUGGUGGAUCAAUUGAGAAUAGAUGUAGAUUCUUGAUGGAGAUUGUCAAAGUGGUGGUUGGAGAAGUUGGAGCCGAUCGAACGGGAGUUAGAAUCUCGCCGGCAAUCGACUUCAUUGAUGCCACGGACUCCGAUCCGCUCGGUCUAGGCCUAGCGGUCAUCGAGAGACUGAGCAAGUUUCAGGCCGAGUUAGGCUCCAAACUCGCGUAUCUCCAUGUGACUCGGCCUCAAUUCAUGGCUGCUCGCACCAAAGAAGAAGGCAAGGACGAAGAAGCUCGAUUGAUGAGAGCAUGGAGGCGGGCUUAUCAAGGUACUUUCAUGUCGAACGGCGGUUUCACGCGAGAGCUCGGGACGAAGGCUCUGGCAGAUGGGGACGCAGACUUGAUAUCGUUUGGUCGGCUCUUCAUCUCUAACCCUGACUUGGUCCGCCGAUUCAAGGUUGAUGCACCAUUGAAUGGUUACAACAGAGAGACAUUCUACACUCAAGAUCCAGUUGUUGGCUACAUAGAUUACCCAUUUCUUGACCACGAAAAUGGGGAAGUGACACACUAGUAAAUCUCAAGAUCCAGUUGUUGGUUACCUAGAUUACCCAUUUCUUGACCAGGAAAAUGGGGAAGUGGCACUCUAGUACAUGGAAAUAGUAUGGGUUUGUUCGUGCUCCUAGAAACUUUGUGAGGAUUUGUCUUUAAUGGAUUGUAUUGUAACGAUUAAGCAUUAAGGAGGAUGGAAGGAAUAAGACAACUAGUUCAUUGUAUGUACUUUAUGUCCGUGAGAAUCGGGUACAUGAUUUGUAAAUUGUCGACUCAAUUACGAAGAGCAUGAUGAAUAAUUAUAUUUCUGUCUUCCUCAAUCAAUUAUAAUCCU